AUUUCAAUUCGCCCGGCUAUUGACUUAUAUAUGAACAUCGUUUUUACUUCUUUUCAUAGCGCACGGGAAAAUGGAUGCAACAGUAUGGCUUUUUAGUAGUGUUGUUCUUUUAUAUUUCUGUGGAUGUGAAGGCGGAAAAUGCACUCAGUAUUAUUCAUGUACAGACACUUGUAGACGUACAUACUACACAAGUUGUGGAUUCUGGUCGCUCGCAAGAUGUACAUAUUACAGAUAUAACUCCUGCUACAAGACGUGCAGUCGAAGCGUGUGCUGUGACGGAUAUCAGGGGUCGGGUUGCAUUCAACCAAUUUGUUUCGGAUCGACCAAUUGCCCAAACGGUGGAACAUGUAGAGCACCAAACUUGUGCAGUUGUCGUUCAGGCUAUUCCGGAUCAAAGUGUUCUGAUAUAAAUGAGUGUAGUUACAGCACAGCGGGAUGUAGUCACAUAUGCACAAACACAGAAGGCUCAUUCACAUGUUCAUGUAGAAGCGGCUAUACACUGUCGCGCUACGGCAGAACAUGCUUUGGUUUGUUCUUAAUUAGUUUGACAAGCUUGUGUUCAUAUAGCUAACGUUGCCAUUUAAAUAUUAGACUGUAUAACAGCUGAUACAAUGAAAGAGUAUCAAACUUAGUUAGUAAAUUUACAUUUUACUGACCGUUCCAAGGCGGUACCUAACAAUUCUUGAUAAACACACCAAUUACCCACGUUUAAAGAUAAACCAGGUUUAGUGGCAAUGGGCAAACGCCAAAGACAUAGAACACAAAUUCACAAACAAGAAACAUAGAACAG